AUGCCGCUGCCCACCGCGUCCUUCGUCGGCGGUGUCCUGGUCCUCGCCUACCUGUCCACCUUUGUCCUGUUCGCCCUUGUCCGCAUCCUGACAGGCGUCAGCAUCCAGCGCAUCGGCUACUCUGGCUUCCGUCGCAUCGCUUUCUCGCCAAAGGAUGGAAUCAAGAUAUACAUACGAGGAAUCGGCUUGUCGCUACACAGACCCACCUUUGCGCAACCAACUUGGAUCAGUCUUCACCUGACCGAGCCACAAGUCGUCGUAGACUUCCGUGCCCUACAGAACUCGACCAAGAACACACUCGCCGAAGAAAAGGCUCAAUCACGCGACCAGGGCACUUCACGAUGGAAGAAGUUGACCGGAGUCAAGGACAAGAUCAAGAGGCUGCAUACCAAGAUAAGAUACCUGUGUCUGGUCGAUCUGGUCGCUGUUUCCAGCACCGUUGUCAUCAAGGAGGUGGGAACAAUCACUGUCGAGCGCGUUACCCUGGCCGUCGACACGAGAGCAAAGACGGUAGAUCGCAGUCGUCUGUUCCAACAUGACCAGACAAAGGCCUCGUCACACACUCCUGCUGAGUGGAAGAGUAUCAUUCGAUCUAUUCUCUUCACACCCGAGGGCAAAGAAUCUUCCGAAAUUCUGGAUGGCCUUUCUCUGAGCGUACACGGUUUCCUACAUCCGCAACUCGAAGGUCUGCGCGAUGCCUCGAUUGCACUGAAGCUAGGACGGCUGGACAUACCAUACGAUGAUCUGUUGGAUGCAAAUGAGAAGCUGCAUCAAAUUCGCGGUGCUUCCAAACCUGAUUUCAGAGACUCAGCUUCAGCACAGGCACCCAAGAUCGCCAUCAACGACGUGCUCAAGGAACCUCGGGACACCGAGGAUCGCGAAGAGAAGCUUAUGGACGCCGUGGCAGAAUCGAGAGAGUUUCUUGGAUCCGUUCUCAAGGGCAUACAGGAGUUUCAACUGGCCAUUGGCUUUCUGGGUCUUUCCAGGCGCAUUAGAUCUCUGCAUACCUCUGGUCAACAUGUAUACUUCAAUAUGGCCAUGAAGGAAUUGGGUCUAGAUCUCUUGCGCCUCGAUUCGAGGAGUCCAGCACAUCGCAUGUAUUUCUCGCCAACAGACGUUGCCCACCAAGCCCUACUUACAGCGAUUUCAAUCUCGGCUGGUGUCGACGAUGGCCAUGAUCAUCCGGAGCGCAUGCUCUACGUGCCCAUGGUCACUGCUACUGUGAAAACAACACUCCCAUCCAAGACCUUACAGAAGCCAGACGAUACCACCAAUGUCAAUGAGCGCAACAGCAACAUGCUAUUUGCCAAUUUGGUGUGCACCUCCCCAUCUAUCGAUCUUGAUCCAAAGCAUUUGCCGCUGUUGUUAGCAAUUGCGAAGGUCCGACAGGAAUCGAAAAAGUCGUCGAAAGCUCCGUUGUUGACAAGCCGUGGUUUCUUGUCCCGCCUCCUGCCAAAAGCUAUCAUCAAGAUCGCUGUUCAAGAGCCUGUUGUCAGGGUUUCACUUCCUCCGUUGACUCCGGGAAACACUGGAGAUGUUGAAUACGAUCUGCUGAUUUCAUCAACUUCGACAAUGUCCUUGGACAUUGAUUCGCAACACUCCUCGACUGAGUCUGCUGCGAAAUAUGCAUUGCAUCUGCACUACAGACAGACUUCAAAUCAGCUAUACUACCAGACAAAUGCUGGUCACAAGCAUGAUCUUUUGCAGACAGAGACUAUCGAAGUCAAGAUCGAUGUUAACCUACUACCACGACCUGAGGUUUUCGUUUAUGGUAGAUUCCAAACAUUCUCGGUGUUCCUUGUACGGACGGAAAUUUCGGAAGGCAUUCGUCAGAUUGUCAAAGCCGCUCGUCGAGAGACAGACUCAAACAGCGGAUCAACAGUUGUGAAGAAGCCGAGUUUCCUUCGUCAGGUCCCUGAUUGGCUGCAACAUGUGAGCAUACAAGGGGCUGAUUUCAACGUCGAGCUCGCAGGCGUGGAUCAAGCUGUGUCUAAAUACGCUCGCGGAUUCGCUUUGCAGCUAGAGUCUUGGUCGGUGGAGUAUAAGGCACACCGCGAAGACUCGUAUAUUCCUGUACCGCGACGAAGAUCUCUCAGCAGGUCCUUCUCACGCGAGAGAAACGAUCGUUCAUCGACGCCUGAGGCCCCACGCAAGAAGCAAACACUACCUACUGACGGACGUAGACUAGCCGUGCACAUACAAGGUCUCGAAGGCCACAUAAUAGAUGCUGUGGAGGACUCAACCGCUGAUCCCUUCAUCAGCUUGCCCAAGUUCGAGGUGGCAUUCUCGACAUCCAGCGACAUACAAGGACCACUAUUCCACAUCAAUUCGCACGCUAAGAGCUUGCAGUUGAAGUACUCGCUCUACAAGCACUUCUCAAUUGGUGUUGCAAUCUUGACAUUCCGAAGAAUGUUCCUCACGCUAGAACCUCAUCACGCUGAUGAGGAGCGUAAGAAGCAUCAACCAAGCUCGAUUGUCAAGACUCGUGAUCACUCUCAAUACGAUCAGAUCCUGAUGAGCGAGGUCACGACGAUCGACUUCAAGGCAAACCUUAUUCAGGUCAAGGCGGACAUGCCUGGUGACCCUCCACUGAUGUUACAGAUCUUUGGCGCUGAUUGUGGCCGUCACAGAUGGGCAACGCCAUUUGCACGACUAAAGAUUGUACGACUACUCGGUGGUACUCCCAAUAUGAAACAUGUCUGGAGUCGUAUCGUUAGUGUUAAGAACCUUCGCUUCGACCUCCGCGAGAUGAAGAACAAAGUCGGCCAGAAGACGGAGAUUACAAAGUCGUUCGACCUGACGACAGACACUAUUCGCAUUGGCGUCCCACACGGCAUGGUUCUACACGCUAUAUUCGACAACAUUGUCAACACUAUCAAGGCUUGCGAGCAAUUACACCAUCACUUCAGCACUGGAACGUUCGAGUACAUUCUUGAGAAGCACCCUGAAGGCCCCAAGAAGAUUCCGAGAAUAUCUGUGCGCGCUCAGCUGUUGCUGUUUGAGAUCGAGGACAGCGGAUUUGAGUGGAAGCUUGGCACAAUCUAUCGAGCUGGUCUUGUUGAGCAACAGCAGCGUCUUGCUCGUGAAGAAGCCUUCAGACUGAAAGUCAAGCACACGGACUCACAUCGUCCAAGAAGAGGAUCACGCGUGCGUACGGCUUCUCAACAACCUCCACCGUCUCGCAAACGUAGCGUAUCCCGCCCUGCAACGUCACACCACAGGAGAAGCAAGAGUGCUCACUCAAUCCACACACUCCGUGAAGAGGACGAAGAGUCUUCUCCUGAGAAGCGUCGUGGUAGAGGUCGUGAUCGCAAGAUUCGAUACGAUACCGAGGGCAAAGCAGAUUUCAAUAGCGCAAACUCUCGUACCGUCGAAAAGGCGCAUUCAAAGCUCCAAGAGUUUAAUGCCCAGAGCUGGAAGAAGCGCAUCGAUCGAGCCUUGGCCACACAGAGUAACACCAUCAAGGACUUGCGUGGUAUCCUGUGGGGUAUGAACGACUUGCCAGAAGAAUUUGAACAGACCGAGAAUGUGAUGGCCAUACCACAACGACCUGCUUUGAUGGCCGCAAUGCUCAGUGAUGUUGGUGUUAUCAUCGACAAGCCAUCUUUUGCACUUGACCAAUACCCCAAAUUCUUACACGAUAUCGGCAAGGGUAUGCCUUUGGACAUGAAGUAUGGCUUGCUUCUACCAAUGAACCUAAAGGUCACCAUGGGUGAGGCACGAGUUAUGCUGAGAGACUAUCCUUUGCCUCUUUUGCAUGUGCCUGCCAUUCGUUCCGGUCAAUCACCCCGACUUGCCAGUCUGUCACUCAGUACCGAUUUUGUUGUUGCGGAAGAGUUCCAAGGGCUGGAAUCUCAACGCCAUAUCAAUGUUGUUGUAGUGCCAAAAGAUAAAUUCGGCAAGGAAGACACCGAGAAAAACUUCUCCAUCGAUGUGCGUAGAACCAUUUCGGCGGUAAAGACUUACUCGGACAUGAAGAUCGAUAUAAACACGAGCUCACCCACAAGAAUCACAUGGGGAACAUCGUACCAGCCAGCCAUUCAGGACAUGAUGCAGGUCAUCGAGAACUUCACAAAGCCACCCAUGGAUCCGUCCGAAAGAGUAGGGUUCUGGGACAAGAUCAGACUCAGUUUCCACUCUCGACUGGAUGUCAAUUGGAAAGGGGAUGGCGAUGUCCAUCUUGCCCUCAAGGGUUCUCGUGAUCCAUAUAUUGUGACUGGCUUAGGUGCUGGAUUUGUCAUGGUAUGGAGAAACAAGGUCCGCUGGAGAAUCGCCCAGGAUGAUGAUCCUCGCAAGUUCAUGACUGUGGACAGCGGUGACUAUGUCAUGGCAAUUCCAGAAUACAAAUACUACGCGCGACAGUUGCAAGAAGAUGAGGCAGACAAGCACAGCAGUGGCUCAAGUAGUGUCAACAGCAGCAACUCCGCAGCUGCUUUCAAGAAAGUGGUCAUGAAGCUGUCUGGAAACGUGCAAUGGAUGGCUGGUCUGACGUUUGAACGCGAAGUUGGGGAUGGUAAGAGAAGCUUUAAUUUCUGUCCUCAUUACAAAGUUCAGCUCAAGCACCCCGACCACGCCAAAGCACCACCAGGAGAAACAUACGACGCAUUCAAGACAUUCAGAAGUCAUUGGAUUCAUGGCUCCAUCGCCAUCUCUGCACCACAAGAUCGAGACUGGAACGUUGCCAAUCUUCAACCAUCGAACAAUUACAACUCCGUUCAUCUUACACCUCGCUUCUUUACCCACUUCUACAACUGGUGGUCACUCUUCUCCGGAGUCAUGUCACUUCCUGUCCGCCAAGGCCCUCUAUGGGGAAGCCUGGAAAAAUCAAGCAAGAAGUUCGGUCGUCAUCUUGCCACGAUCAAGUACAACUUACUCUUCUCACCUCUGUUCAUCAGUCAUAUCUACAAGCACAAAGAUGCUGAAGAUUAUCAGAAUGACGUUGUUUCUGCCACAGGCCUGAAGAUGAAACUUGAUAGCUUCAUGUUGGAUCUUCAUCAACGCAGGGAAACCUUCGAGAUUCCAGCUACUGCCGACAAGAAGGCGAAACGAACGACGGCCAUGAAAAUCAAUCAAUGCCAACUUGACUUCAUAUCCGCCGAUAUUCGUGCGAUAUCUGCUUCGAUCAAGGGAACGAGCACCACGGAACUGGACCGAGCUGAUGAGGCUACACUGGCUAGCUACCAGACAGGUAACAUCACUCAAGUCGACAUGUCCAAGUUCACGAUUCCUGACAAUGAUUUGACGUGGAUCGACAUGGACGACUUCGUCGAGCUGGACUGGAUUCUACCUGCAGAAACGAACCCUGCGACAAAGAUUCUCCCUCUUGGAUUCGCACCACGCUUCACAUACUUCAGACAAACAGAUCAUGGUGAUUCUGUUUCGGGAGAUACGACAAGAUCCAGUAUGUUUGGUGACGAGCCUACUCAUUACUGCGUCAUGUCCAAACGAAAUGAUCCACGCAGAGUACAAGCCGAUCUGAUCGAAUCUCGCAUCCAUCGCAUCGAAGAACAAAUGGCCCACAACGAACGCGCAGUCGGAGAACAAGAAGUCAAGGUUGUCAGAACCCAUGAAGGCGGCGAACAGCUGAAUGACCGAUUGCGAGCCCUGAAAAACCACACCGAAGCAUUGCAGAAGAAACAUGAAUUCUUGUGCGAAUUGCUAAAUGUGCUUAUGGAAAAGCUGCAGAAAGAGGACCCAUCUAUCGGUGAACAAAUGGACACGGACGAUCUGCCUGACAGAGAUGCCGAGAAAGAAGAUGCACCAAAGGAAGACGCGACUCCGUUCGCAGACUACACGAGCGACUUUAACAACAGGUUCGUGGUGCAUAACGCUCAGAUCAAAUGGAACAACUCUCUGCGAAACAUCAUCCUGCGAUACAUUCACCAAGUCAGUCAAAGACGUGGUUUUGUAUACUACAUGUCUCGAAGAGCGGUCAAGUUUAUUCUCGAUAUCCUUGAAGAACAAAAGAAGUCCGGCCCGCAGGCGCCAGAAAAUCGUAGCAACAGUGUGAUCAGUAGCGACACAACACUCUUCCCUAAAACACCCAACCAAGAAGACGAAAUGGCCGUGCAGGACAGAAUCGACCAGCUUCUGAACGAUGGAAGACAGUUUGUCAAUGCAGAUGAUCCCGAGAACCAGGAGUGCACAGAGUCAGCUGGCAAGGAAGGCAGUGGAGAAGGCAUCUCAACUGAGUAUACGCCACAAAACACCUAUCACUUCCGUCUCAUCGCUCCACAGAUUCAGUUGCAGAGCGAGAAGAAUCCAAAGUCGGUCAUGCUGGUUGCUGCCAAAGGCAUGCAACUCAAGGUUGUUCAAAUCAUGGACAAGGAAAGAAUGCUGGACGAGAUCAGUGGUUUGGUGCAAACACGCUUCUCUGCCGCUAUGGACAGCAUGCAAGUCUUUGUUGCAAGCACCAAGACAUUCUCGACUGAGUACCUCCACAUGUACUCUGGCAAUCGCUAUGGCGGCAAAGCUGGAGAGUACUGGCCGCCAUGGGUACCUUUGGAAGUCAUGUUUGAAUUCCAAGUCAACCCAUACGGUUUCUCAAGAGUUGUUCAUCGUACCUCGGCAAGUUUGCGCUACGACAAAUACAACAAUCUGCGCUUGAAGUACAAUGAUGAUGUCAGUGGAGGAGAUGGCAACAAGACUCAUAACCCAGACGCCUCUGAUCCCCGCAUGGAUCACGUCUACAUCGAGUUCCCUCACUUCCGGGCAAUCUGCGAUUCCAAUCAGUACUUCGCCAUGUACAUCAUCGUGCUGGAUCUGCUUCUUUACAGCGAGCCACUCGAGAAGACCCGUAGCGAGAGGCUCGAAAAGAUCAUGCUGGCAUCUGACUUCAGCGACCUGACGGGCGCACCCGAGAUGGUAGAGAUGCUGCAAGCUCGCAUUCGUCAGCUUGAAGAUAUCAAGCUGCACUUCCAGAUUCACGAAAAAUACUUGGAUCGUCAGGGAUGGAAGGAUAGAAUCGCUCUGGAUGCGGAUCUUGCUGCUUGCGAGGACGAGCUCUUUUUCAUGAUGAAAGCAAUCACGACUUCUCAGAGCAGAAACGAAGACCGCGGUCAAGACGAAUCACCCGGCCUUUUGAGAUGGCUGAUCUCAUCGAAGGAGAUCGCUUGGCAUCUCAUUCGCGGUGAGAACGAGUCACUUCUCGAGUUCCAAAUCAAGGAUGGCCUUUUCGAUCGCACGGACAACAACGAUGGCUCAAAUUACAACUGCGUUGAGAUUGGUAGAAUCAAUGGUUUCAACCUAUUGCCAAACGCGGUUUACCCCGAAAUCAUCGCGCCGUACAUUGAUGCAGCUCGCGGAUUCCACAAGCAAAAGGAUAUGAAGAUGUUGCGCGUGCAGUGGCUGAUGCUUGAAGCCAUUGCUGGUAUCCCUGUCGUCGAUUACUUCGAAGUCAAUGUCAUGCCUUUGCGUGUCCAACUCGAACGUGAGAUUGCAAAGCGACUCUUCGAGUACCUAUUCCCAGGUGUUGGUGGCAAUGCAUUUGAAGGUGGUGGUUUCUCGCCUUUCAUGGUCCGUAACAUGGCUGUGCCAGAGGAUGAUGAAGAGGACUCGGAUGAGAAGAGAGAUGGCAACCACAUCGCACCACACGCUGAGGGUACCAUUGGAUCGGGCCAUCAAGGUGUUGGCACUGGUGCAGGUGAACUUGAACACAGGCUUCAGCCCACACUCAAAUUGCCAGAAGGAAAAGUCCACAUCAAGAACGGCAAGGGCAAAGGUCUGGGCCUCAGUCAACCUAGCUCAUCGUCGCACAGUCUCCACUGGAACCCCUUCAGCAGUUCCGACAAGUCUUCGAACAACGCCGCCAAGAAACAAAAUGGCAACACAGCAUCCAAUCUCAGUCUCGUCAGCCGUACGCCAUCCCAACGCUCAUCCGAGACAAACUCUCUCGCCGAAUCCGAAAUGUCCAAGAAGAAGGCCAACAAGAAAGGUAAAUCAGACAAGGACGACAAACAAGCCUCCGACGAUUUAUCUCUCAUGCUGUCCCGCGCAUCCAACUACAUGACCCUCUCCUUCUUCAAAGUCCCCAGCAUGGUUCUAUGCCUCAGCUACAAGGGUCAAGGCCGCCGCAACCUCGAAGACGUACACGAUCUCGUGUUCCGCAUGCCCACACUCGAGUACCGCAACAAAACAUGGUCGAACCUGGACUUGGCUUUGCAAAUGAAAAAAGACCUCAUCAAAGCACUCAUCUCACACGCCGGCGCCAUUGUAGGCAACAAAUUCCACAACCACCGGCCCUCGCGGCAAGCGGCGACGAGCAAGUUGAGAGAAAUUGCUAAUUUGAGUACUAUGCAUGUGCAUCACUCAAACAAUGAUGGAGGCGACAGGGGUAGCGAGGCUAGUACGCCUAUGACUACGUCGUCGAUUGUGGAGGGAGAAGCCGAGGCUGAGGAGAAUGAGGAAACUCCUGCGAGACCUUCGUUUACUUCUGGUCGACCCAGUGUUUUUGACGAUCACUUGACUUCUUCGCCGAAUAGCCUCUUCGCUACCAGAACAAAGAGUAUCACUCCCUCUCUCACCAUGAGUUUUGAAACCGAAGGCGGCCCUGUUCCUCGCCGCCCGCAAACUGGCUACUCCAACAUCUCACGAGUACAGACUGGUGCCUCGUCCACCAACGGAAGGGUUGAAGAGGGUGGACAGAGCAGUGGCAGUAUCGGCAGCGGAGGCAACAACAAUAAUGAAAAGAAAGGCAUUUUUGGCAGAUUGAGACCAGGCACUAGCAGUUCCAAUCACUCUCCUGCAAUCAAUGGUGGUGGGAUCAAUGGGGGUGGAGAUGGCAGUGGUGAUGACGAAGGGUUCAAGAGUCGACUUUUGCUGGGUGGGCAGAAGUUGCUCAAUAAAUUGCCGCAUAGCGGUAAAGGAUAG